AUGUUCCGACUACGACUGGGCAGCUACGUUUCGGAUUUAGGCUUGGCAAGGACGAGAAGUCAAUCUCCUGGCUCACCACUUUAUCAGGCAACGCCGUCUUCGCCGUCGGGCGCGUUAAGGCACAGACACCACUUGCGGAUCCAGACUGCAGCGCAGGCGGAACCUCCAUCCUUAUUCAACGUUCAAGACCCCCUUCGAGUGAACACGACGUCGACCUCGCUAUCUCCGACAUCUGCUGCGGCGUCUUCGACACUCGUCCAGCUGGACUCGGACGUUGAAAUGGAUCUCGACGUGCAAUCCACGUUUCAGGCCAUGCAGGUGGAUUCACCUACCGCAUCGCCUUCGCCGACGGUCCUCACAUCCUUCUUCCCCACCACCUCAACAUUUCCCUCGAAUUCAGCAUUGCAACGGCCCUCUCCAAUCCCAUCAAACCUCCUAUCACCUCUCGUCACAGACACCAGAUACCCACGUUCACCAUCACCCCUUUCAGCACCAUCAUACCCUUCAGCAGUCUCACUCGUCACCAACGCCUCGGCCGUUUCACCAGGCGUGUUUCCCUCAGCAUCAACCCUUCUCGCCGCCCGACGAAGUUCUCGUCAGAGCCUCAGCACACAGCAUACGCCAGCAUCGUCGUCUCCACUAGCAAGAACCAUCUCGUUCGACCCCACAGCAUCAUCAGCACAGAAUCGUCCAGCAUUUUUCCCGCAUUCGCAACUUGGGGACCCUCCGUUUCAUCGAAUCGAUCAGGUCCAAGGUUUGAUCGCCGCCAGGUCGAGGUCUAGUUCAACUCCGCCGUCACCGGGUUUUGCGACGGAGGAGAGGUCAUAUGUUGAGGCGGCGGGUUUGCCGACCAGAAGACACUCGGAUGGCAAGGUUGGAUUGGACAGGCCAAACGGACGUUAG